UGUCAUUUUUGUCAAUGUCAUAGGCACGUGUUUAUUGUAUUUUGAUUUGGUUACAAUUUAGAUUUUAGAAAUUCGUAUAUAAGUGUAAUAUUUAUUAUACAUAAAAUGGUUAAGAAGAGAUCAUUUGUGCCAGCAGUAACUCCGGUGCCGCAUUCUAAAUCAGUAGAAGUCAUCGCAGAAGAAGUAACCAUCCACCCCUUGUGUUUGCACGGCCCAACAUUACUGUUUUCUGGUGAAAAAGGAAGAUUCUUUGCAUGCGCUUCAUGUAGGAACAAUAAAGAUUGUACGGUGCACAUUGAGGAGGAAGAUUGGCUAAAAGAAGGCGUACGGCAAAGAAACGAAAAGUACUACAAACUGAUUCCGAAGUUGGACAAAGCUGCAGCAUGGAAUCAUUUUAAAGAGGUGAAGUCAAGACAUCCCUCAGACAGGGCGUACUGCCACACAUGCCAAGAACUCUUCAUAGUGUCUCAGAGUAAGAAGCACCUGAAAGACCACAGAAUAGUUCUGCCGCUAACGGAUGAGCAACUAGCACAUCCAACUACAUUUUUGUUACCAUUGGAGAAUGAUCAGAAUGAGGCGCAAUAUAUUUUUGCUAAGAAAUCAGCCAGCACCAUUUUGGGGAUUUUGAAGAAUAAUAAGAUAAGCAACAUUUUAUGCAUAGGGACACCAUCAAUACAUGAAGCAGCACAAGAGCAUCCAGACUUUGACUCCUUACUCUUGGACUAUGACACUCGCCACCUGCAGUUCUAUCCUGGCAACAAGUUCCUCUGGUACAACAUGUUCAACAACUAUCUGUUCCAAAAUGAAGAUGAGAAAGUGCUGAAGAAGUUCCUCAAAAGCUCCAAAAACAAAGGUCUAGCCAUAGUGAUAGAUCCACCCUUUGGUGGUCGAGUAGAACCAUUAGCACAGACUAUAAAGGAACUCUCUAAAAUGUACAGUACCAUUUGUGAAAGUGAAGAUAAAAUAUUACCAGUCAUCUGGGCAUUUCCUUACUUUGCAGAGCCCUAUAUUACAAACAUGCUGCCCGAGAUCAAAAUGCAUGAUUAUCAAGUAGACUAUCAAAACCACAAAAAAUUUCAAAAGGGCGGUCGGAAAUUUGGUUCACCUGUCCGCUUUUUCACAAACCUACCAUUUUCUACCAUUGAUCUGUCAAAUGAUAGCAGUUACAAACUUUGUGAUAAAUGCAAAUAUUGGGUGUCAACGUCUAAUGUACAUUGCAACAAAUGUAGAGAAUGCACGAGCAAGAACGGAAUGACUUACAAACAUUGUAAUGUGUGCAAGCGGUGUGUGAAGCCUACAUUCAAGCAUUGUGACGCUUGUGAGAGGUGUUGUUUGGAGAAACAUGUUUGUGGCACUGUUGUUGAGUCACAGUCUUGCUACAACUGCAAUGAAAAAGGACACAAAAAAUCAGAAUGCCCACAAAAAGAUGGCAGUAGUGCAAAGAAAAAACGCAAGUCAAAAUAAAAAUGUACUUUAUUAAAUAAAAGAUUUUUAAAUAUGUA